UUUUAAACGAACGUGCGGCGUGUAUACACAUACACAAUAUUACGGUGGUACGUCGACGUGCGGCGCGUGCGGGCGGUAAGUAAAUUGCUUUGGCCUGCAGCGGAAAAACGUACAUAAUAUACACAACCCGUCCCGUUCUCUCUCCACUCGGCACUCGCGCUCCACACUCGGCCGACGAUGACGACGACGUUGCGACGUUCAUUUGGCUCGCGUGUGCCGUACCGGUCCCGGUGCGGCGGCAAUCGUUCGCGUCACGCACUAGGCCACUGCCGUUCCCUGAUCGCCGUCUGCAGCAGGACUCCGAGAUCGCCAUCACGUCCGUCAAGCGAAAAUACCAGAACGGCUGCAGACUUCGCAGGGCCUUUCGUCUCGACCGUGCGGCGACACGACGACGAUUCACGUCCUACAACUACCUACAACUGUCCUGACGUCGAGUAUCGCGUCGGCGAGGAUGCUGGCGGACGGACCGCGACGACGACAUUCGCGCACACACCUCGAGAGACGUGCGUGGAACGCGAAAAUAUCGUUUCGCAUACCGGUCCUUAUCAUUCUUCGCCUUGUGUGCAAUUUAAACAACUGGACGGAGAACUGAUAAGGGCUGGUAUGUCGAUACUGCGCCGUGUAAGACCUGCCCGACGACAACGACGACAGAACUACUCAUACCAUUAAUAUUUUGUACAAUAUAAUAUAUUAGUUUAUUUUGUUGUGAUGUGUCUUAAAUCUGAUAUAUUAUGCGUCCACCUUGGAGUUGUCUUUUUAAAUUAUUCCAAUAUGAAUAGUAUGGCUAUACCACAUUGGCAUUUUUGGGUUAACAUGCAAAUUACAAAAGAAUAAAAAAUAUAUGCAAGUA